AUGAGAAAUGAUGAAUAGUUUCUAAGUUUCAUGGUUGAGAAUGAUGACUCUCAAUUUCUGGAAUCUAGACUCUUCAAAGAUAACGAUGAAGACUACUUCCAGUCUCUUAGUAAAUAAUUUUAUGGAUCUAAAUCUUAAGAUGGUAUUUAUUACUACUUUAUCAACUUACUUAGCUAAGAAGCAAUUGAAAAUUAUUAAAUCUGCUGGAGAUUUAAAAAUUAAACUAUCCAAUACUGCUAAUUUGAAUAAUGUCUUAUAACCUUUCUCUAUUAGCUAUUAACUGCAGUAGGUACUUUCCAAUUUUAUUAUCUGUUUUAGUAAAUUCAUAAACUUUUAAGCAAACCCAAACCUUAAGGAUAGAGUUUACAAAGUUCAUUUAAAACUAAUCAGAAAAUGAAUCAAAUUAAGUUAACAUAUUAACAGCUCUAAAAUAGAAAAUUAGUUAUUCCAAAAAAUGAAGAUUCUAACAUUUUUACUCAAAACUCCUAUCGAAGUACCCUUAAUACAAGCACAAAAAGCUAACCUAAAAAAGAUAAUGUCUUAGAUUUGUAUUAAAUGAAAUUAAAAACAGAGAGAAGUGUCGAAAAACCCAAAUUAAUGAAGGUCAUCAAAAGAAAUAAGAUGCAUUGA